AUGGCGGCGGGAGCGGCGUACGGUGGCGGCGCUGGUCCGUUCAUCUUUUGGUUCAAUGGAGAUCGGUUCAAUGCAGGUAUUUUCUCAAGGCCGGCUACCCUGUCAUCUUCAUCCAUCGCCGUGGGAGCAAGCAGCCUUACUGUAGGUUUCUUCCAGAGGAUUCCUUUCUCGAUCUUUUUGAGCUCGGUGAAGACUCGGAGAUCCAAGGCAACCAGAUUGAACCAGAUUGAACGGGUACGACGCGGCGGCGCACCUGACGGAGGAGACAUUCUGCAGCAUCAGCAUCAUCUCCGUCUUCGGCUGGGCGUACAUUCUGGCCCUCAUCUUCAGCAUCCAGGUCAACAAGCACCAUAUGGAGUGUGUUCAGGUAUUCUCCAAGCAUCAGAUGCUGAGGACAAGGAAAAUGUGUGCCCGGAAAACAACACGGAUUGGCUACAUAAAAAUUAUAAUUAUGUCCGUACAAGACAACCGACCUCUCAUACUUCUUGUGUGCCCAACAGCCUGACAAGCCACAAUCUGUUCAAUGCAAUGGCAACGCCAGUUACCAGCUCAAAUAGCCAAAGGGCCCUCGCAAAACGAGAGAGGUACAAUAAUAUGAAUGAACACGACAAGGAAAACAUGUUGCAGAGAAAAAGAGACUACAAGAAAAAGAUGAGGACACAGUCAGCCGGUGACUUAGCAAAGGAAACAUUGCAUACAGUACAAAAUGAUAUAGAAUAUGAUGGUGCCUUGUUCGAGCCUAUAACCAAUCAAUCUGAUGAAGAGGACCAUAUGGAAGCACCUCGUGCUUUUGAUAUUGAUGAUCUUCUUGAUGACGAAGAGACCAGGCAGUACAUUGGUGAAGAUGGUGCCUUCGAGUCCUAUCGUGUCAGUGUUAAUGGUGUUGAUCUGAAUAACAAUGAAGAUCCUUACGAUUAUGUCUACCAAAAUUUGUCUGAUAGGCACCAUGUUCUGAGAAAGGUGCCUAACUGCUUGUACUGUGGAGCAAGGAGAUUUCAAUAUGAAUCACCUGGAUUCUGA